AUGGAUGCGCCGAAGCCGCUGAAAACAGCUGCAAGAUGCCUCGAAGGGCGCGAUAAGCAAGACAGCUUUGUGGCUAUUGCUGACAUUAUGCUAUUAUUCGGGUUGUCGUUCAGCUGCUACGAGAAGCGCGUUGACAGCUACGGGGCUGUCGAUUCUGACACGCACGACAAAACGCCCAAGGAUAACUUUGGUACCUGCCUCGACGCAGCGUCGGUAAAGGCUUACGACUACUACGACAAGCCCGACGAUACCGCUAUCUACUACACCGUUACACUAUUUCACGCGUACCAACCGACCUACUGCGAGCAACCGCAAGGUUCGCGCCUUGUGGGCUAG